UUAAAUUUGAUGAAAGUAGUAAUCUUGAUGAAAAUACAAAUGAUCAAAUUUCUGAUGUAUUUACAAUUGAAGAAGAAGACCAAAAUGAUCCAAGGAAUGAAAUUUUUUUAAAUAAUGAAUUUGACGAAGAUUUUAAUUUGGCUGGCAGAAAUAUUCAUCCUGCAGAUAAUACUUCAGCUAAGUGGAAUUUGGUUACCUUAUUUGUAGAUAAUUUGGAAUCUCCAACUUAUUUGACAAAUAGCUAG